AUGACUGUAGACGAUAAGACAACAAAGGCAAUCUACAGUCUGGCUACCAAGGCUGCAGAGCAAUACAUUCGGUCCGGACUAUCUCUACACCACCCCACCCCUACUGUUGUUGGUCUCCGAGUCAUAACAACCAUCGAGUGGGUGGUUUCGUUCGUGGCCCUCAUGCGUCUGGGCUACACAGUCUUCAUUCUUUCGCCUGAGAUCUCUUCCGAAAAAAUCAUCAAGCUCAUGGAAAAGGUCGACUGCUCUAUCGUUGUCGACGGAACUUUCAUGGCCGAUGAGGCUGCGGCUGGCGAGUUGCGAAGCACACUGCGAGCAAACGGGAAGACAGUCAUCGAUUUGCUCAGCCUUGCAUCUUUAGCACACGAGCCCAGCGAGAAAUAUGGCCCCAAUGAGCAAGACUUCACACAAUGCUGGCCCGGAAUCCAAGAGACACACCCAGCCGUCAUCCUGCACUCAUCAGGCACCACCGGACUGCCCAAGCUCGUCUACAAGCCACAUUACGCAGUGCUUAAUCGGCUGCGAACUCUCCCAGGCGUUCUGCAUGGCACAUCGCUCAUCGGCUCGUGGCAUUACAACAGCGUCGGCUUUCACUCGAUGCUGUUCUCCCUCUCUCGGGGCAACGGGCCGGCCAUCUGGUCCAACGAGCUGAUUCCGCUCGAGGGCAAGGAGUACGGAGAGAUCUUGACCAAACUGCAGCCGGUGACAGCCUGGUUCAACCCCGCCAACCUAUACGCAUCCGUGUCUACCAGCGAAGGCCUCAACGCCCUGAAGCAGGCCGACCUGGUGGUCACCACAGGAGGCGUCUUCCCCCAGCAGCUCGGCCGAGAACUCGUCGGGCAAGGGGUCCGCCUCGUGAAUAUUUAUGGUAUGUCCGAGCUGUCCGCCGGCGUCCGCCUCAUCCCAGCAUCGCGCACAAGAGGCGACGCCGACUGGGAGUACGUGCAAGCCCACCCCGACACUGCACCCCACAUCUGGUUCCGGCCCCUGGACGACCUGGCCGGCGAGGGAAGUCCAGGCACAACACCUCUGUACGAGCUCGUCGUGCUGCCCAGCCACCCCACCCAGGACAAGCAGUUCGCCAACCGACCCGAUGGCUCGUUUCACACAGGUGAUCUAUUUGUCGAACACCCUUCCAGGCCGGGCUGCUACAAGUGUCUUGGGAGGCUGUCGGACGAGGUCAGGAUCGCGCCUGAUGGGCACGACCACGUGGGGCUCAAUGCUAUCACUUAUGAGCAUCUGGCGAUGGCGGGGAAUGGGGAUGUCUUGCAGGAGGCCGUUUUGUUCGGGCGCGAGAGUCCCGACGCGGGCCUCUUGCUGUUUACUAGGCCUGGCGGUGCUGUGGCGGCGGAAGUCAUCGUGCAGAAGGUCUGGGAUGCGUUGGAUCAGGCGUUUCGCAAGGGGGACUUGCCUCUGGCGAUCAAGAAGAAGAUGAUGGUUGUGAUUCGUGAUGCUAAAGUGCCGCGUACGUCCAAGGGGAACAUUAUACGCCCGGAGAUCUAUCAACGGUGGGAAGAGGAUAUUGUGGCAUCUUAUGUUCGUAGAUAGCAGUACAUCUGUGCGAGUCCUGUCUACCUGUUUAUAUGGAGCACAUCAUUUCCAGCUUGCACUGGAAGCACCAACCUUCAAGUGCUCGUUAGUAUCUCUAGACCAGCGCAUAUAUAAUCAUUUUAUGAUG